GCCAUCGUCGCAGUCUUUUCGUUUAUCGGUCAACGUAUUUAAAAUCAAGUUAAAAAAUCUACUCGAAUUUAAUCGCCUUUUCGUAGAAUCCAAUUAUACUUUUUGCAUUAUUUCACUAGUUUUUCCAUUAUCACCUUCCAAUCAAUAUUCUUUCCCUUUUUCUUCGUUUCUAUCACAUAAAAACGUGCGCGCGCGCGCGCGCACGACGAGGUAUGCGUGUAACAGAAAGAACUUCGUUGACCAGACAAAUCGGUUCAUCGGAUCAUCUUGAAUUUUCGAGUCUCUUGAGAACGAGGAGAACUCAAAUUCGGAACUUUCAAUGCUGCAUCUGUGCCAGUCUCAUAGCAAUAUUCACGAUAGCAUUGAUUGUGACGAUCAGUUAUUCCGUGAGUCAAUCUGAUAAUGGAACAACAUCUAAUGUGACAUCGACUACGACGGAUUCAUCGGAAACAAACGAUAGUGUUACUUUAAAAUUGAGUCUAUCCCCGGGAUUCGAUUCGCAUACUUUCAGCAGUACUACAGAUAUUAAUCAUUUCGUUUAUGGAGCAGAUAGUAACGUUAACUUUUCAACGAUACAGAACUUGACUGAUACUGAAUUGAAAGAAGCUCUUUUGGCUGGUCAAUUGGCUGUACAAUUGAGACUUUCUGCUGAUACCGCAGCAUUGUCUUCGCCUUUACCAUCCCCAUCGCCAGAAUCACGACAUCGAUGGGCAGUCAGAACGAAUGUCAACGUAGGUGGAUUAGCUUUGGCUGCCAUUGGCGAGAUAGCCGCUACAAAGAAGAUCGAAAGCACGAGAUCCUUUUUAGGCAAACCUUCAGCUAUCGGUUACUUUUUUGACGGUGGCUGGGCACCGAAAGGUGUUUGCAAAGAGUUUUUAAAUGUUAAUUGUACUAUCGGCAAAUAUAGGAGUUUCGAUGGAACCUGCAAUCGCCCAAAGCAACGAGGCUCAGCUUUGAUGCCAUUUAAGAGACUCUUAUCAGCAGAUUACGCUGACGGAAUCGAUUCGCCUCGAAAAGCACGUUCCGGAAAUGAGUUACCUUCAGCAAGAGAGGUCAGUUUGAAGGUUCAUAAGCCCUCGCCCAGUUCGAAUCCUUCGUUCACUGUGAUGCUAGCUGUGUUCGGCCAGUUUCUCGAUCACGAUAUCACCGCCACUGCGAUCAGUCAGGGCGUUAACGGUAGUUCCAUCUCCUGCUGUCCACCUUCCGUUGGUCAUCCAGAAUGUUUUCCCGUUUCUGUGGGAUCGGGUGAUCCCGUUUACGAUGUCACUGGAAAAACUUGUAUGGAGUUCGUUCGAUCGGCACCAGCUCCUCAAUGUAAAAUUGGACCAAGGGAACAACUUAAUCAGGUGACCGCAUUUAUCGACGGCUCAGCAAUAUACGGAUCGGACUCGAAUGUUGCUCAUAGUUUGCGUGAAUUCUCAGGUGGACGAUUGAAAAUGCAAAUGACGCCAGAUAACAGAACUCUUUUACCACCAAGUUUAAAUCCUGAUGACGGAUGUAACAGAGAGGAAGAACGUUUAAGAGGACGUUAUUGUUUUCUCGCAGGGGAUCCAAGAGCGAAUGAGAAUCUACAUUUGACGACUAUGCAUUUGAUUUGGGCUAGACAACACAAUAAAAUUGCUGACGAAUUGGCCAAGGUCAAUCCGAUUUGGACGGACGAACAGAUUUAUCAGGAAGCUCGUCGUAUAAUUGGCGCCCAACUUCAGCAUAUUGCUUAUGAAGAAUUUCUUCCAAUUAUAAUAGGAGAACGGGAGACGAAUCUUCAAAACUUGAGACCAUUGACUUCGGGUUAUAGAGAAUGGAACGAAAGUCCUGAUGAUCCGACAAAUGACCCGACUAUAGCUAACAGCUUUGCUGCUGCAGCUUUUAGAUUUGCUCAUACACUUUUGCCCGGUUUGAUGAUGAUGACAGACGCUCAAAAAGGCACUUCCUCUUACAUUGAACUUCACAGGAUGCUUUUUAAUCCGUAUAGUCUAUAUUCAAGCGAUGGUAUUAGUAAUUCGGUAAUUUCGGCUACUAGCAAUGCCAUUCAAAGGACUUCAAUUCAUGUCACAUCGCAAUUAACGAGACAUCUUUUCGAAGAUCCGAUUAACAACGUUUCAAUACCUUGUGGUCUCGAUCUCGUAUCGUUGAAUAUUCAACGUGGGAGGGAUCACGGACUACCUGGUUAUACUAAAUGGAGAGAAUAUUGUAAUUUAGGGAAACCCGAAUCGUUUAGUGAUCUGAUCGAUCACAUGGAUCCCGAAGCUCUCGAUGCGAUAUCAAAGCUAUACGAAUCUGUUUACGAUAUUGAUCUAUAUACUGGUGCAUUGGCGGAAAUACCGAAAACCGAUGGGAUCGUUGGUCCUACUUUUACAUGUUUAAUUGCUGAUCAGUUCGCUAGAUUGCAGAAAGGAGAUCGAUAUUGGUAUGAGGUGCCAGGUCAAUCACAUUCCUUUACGGGAGAACAAUUGCAAGAAUUACGUAAAAGUUCCUUAGCGAGAAUAUUGUGCGACUGUUCUGAUCAUAUAACGCAAAUUCAAUCAAAAGUAAUGCAAUCGAUUGAUAUCCACAAUCCAAUGAUGUUAUGCGAAGACUUACCGGAAAUGUCUCUUGAACCUUGGAAGGAAAAUCGUCCAAAGGUACCAAUGCUAAAAGUAACUCCGUUCGCUGUGGACUGGUUGAAUUUUAAGAAAACUUUAAAUGAUACAAUUCAAGAAAUAGUGACGUAUAUUAACAAUACUAAAACCGAUUUACCACCGGGUAGUCCCGAUUGGCUAGAUUUUCAUAAUGAAUUGAAUAACACAUUUGCGGAGAUUAGGAACCAGCUUAACGAUUUACAUCCAACAAAGAAACCAGUGGAGAUGACACCUUACGAAGAUGGGAGUUUUAUUUUACGAGGUCCUCCUGGAGCAGCCAUGCUCAUCGAUUGGAUAAAUUUCAAAAGCGAAAUCGUAAAGACAUUGAACGAUACCAUUGGAGGAUUUGGAAGUAUUCCACUGAAUACUACCGAUUGGAUCGGCUUAAAAACAAAAAUCAAGAAUCAAACGGCCGAUUUGGUAUCUCAAAUUAUUUCUGCAAAGAAGGAUAUCUUUUCUAAAUUUCUAUUGAAAAAUAAAACGACUGAAAUGGCGAUAAGUAAAGAAAGUAUUGCAGCCAUUUUUGAUUGGAAAAAUUUUAAAGGCAACAUAAUCAAUUCUAUUGACGAUGCUUUAACGAAUAUUGCUUCUAAUAUGCCUGGACCUGGCGAUCCAGCUUGGGCUACUUUCGGAGAGGAUAAUAAAGCUCGUUUCAAUACUUUUCAUGAUAAGAUAAUUGCCGACAAAUCGAUUAUGCCAACAGAGUUAGCUGAACAACCAGCAGAUCCGACAUUAGACUGGAUGUCCAUUAAAACUGAUAUCUUGAAUACGGUAUCGAAUACCGUGCAAAAUAUAGAAGCAUACAUGCCACCUCCUGAUGAUCUCGAAGCGUGGUUAACUUUCAGAGAUAAGAUUAUGAAAAGUUUUGCCAAGAUCAACAGUAAGUUUACUGCAAACAACAAAACUAUUUUAAAGAAUCCAUUCACUUAUCCAAAAGUGCCAUUUGAACGUGCAGCUACCGUUAAUCCAGGCAAAUCAAAAGUAAAUCCUAUGACACUCCAACUCGUUAAUUUAACAAACGAUUGGUUAGAUUUUCAAAGUAAAAUAAAAGCAUCUAUCGCACAAAAAAUCGCAGAUAUUAAAAGCAAAAAUCAAACGAUGAUAGAUCCGGUUGGUUGGAUUAUUUUUGGUAACUCUUUCAAGAACGAAUUUGCGGAAUUGAAAGAUGAAAUUGUUGGUAUCAAAGCCAAAUGGGUUGAUUUAUUCAACAUGGACGUAAACAGUAUCGUCAAGUCGCCUACGCUUAAUUUCAAAGAAACCACCAAGAUUGGGAAAGCUUCGUAUAGUAAUAACAUUACGGUCAAAGCUGCUCCUUUUACGAAACCAACGUUCUGGCCAUCAACGAUCAUACCAGAAAAUGAUUGGGUCACUUUUAAAAAUCAAAUUAACGAGACGAUAAUGAAUUUGUUUAAAACUAUUAAUACAACGAACGAUGGUUGGGCUAGUAUCGGUGACAUGUAUACGAAAUCAAUUAACGAUUUGAAAAAUGAAAUUGUUGCUUUGAAAGCAUUAAUUGUGGCAAAUAUUACAAAUUCUAAACCUGCCGAUGAUUGGAUCAAAUUCCACGCGCAAUUGAAUACUACCGUGAAUGAUUUUAUUCAAAAUCUAAGGAAUCAAACACAGUCAAACCUUAUUGGGAUAAUGAAGAUACUGUUCGAUGCUAAAGAUAAAUUUUCUACUCUUGAUCCACCGACUUUGCCUUUGGCAAAUGAAAUGGAGAAUUGGGCUUCGUAUUUUGUCGAUCUUAAUAAAACUAUCGACAACGCUUUGAAGAAUAUUGAUAAUUUAAAGCGUCCCAUGGCGAUAGUAAAAGCAGGCGAGCCCAUCCCGUCAUCGUCUGAUACCAUCAAAGUGUCGAGUUUCAUUAGUUGUCUAAGUUUUGUUAUAGUCUCGGUCCUGUUGAAUUUUACCUCGUUUAAAACAGUGAUAAUAUAUAUUUCAUAAUAAAAUAGAGAGAUAUAUAUAUAUAUAUAUAUAUAUGAAUAUUUACUAGUUUUUAACACGAUUAUUCGAUCGUCGAUAUUUUUUUAUAUUAAUAUUCUUACAAACUAACAAAUAAUCAAAUGGACGUUUGAAAAAUAAGGUGUUAAUGAAAUAAUAU